AUGGCGCCCCUGAAGCGGCGGGCGAAAGACCAAGCAGGAAGGGAGGCGAAAAGAGCCCAAGCUGUUGGUCGAGAAACUCCUCGGACGGAAUCACCUGUGCAUGGCGAGCCACCCGCGUGGGCAGAGUCCCGACCAGAUCUGUGCGAUGCUCUGCCCUGGUUUCGUGCCGUCCAGGGCGGCUCCUAUCAUAAAGACGGCUUCUGCUGGGGAUACCUCAUCGAUGCGGACUCGGGUAUCCGUUCUUAUAUCGACGAUGAAAUCGUCAUUACUAGAGUUGGCGGCGGUUGCACUAAAGAUGCGGAUGGAAAUCUUGUCCUGGUCAAGGAUCAGGAUAGCGAUGGCUGUAUUAUCAGCAGCCUGAUGAAUAGCCAGGCCAUGAAGGUCCCUGUCGGGUUGGUCAUAGGAGAUCGAAACACCCUGCUUGGCAGAACGCUCCCACAUCGGUACAAUGUCAUGGGAUACUUUCGCAUCACUGAUAUCUGGUAUGAGAAGAUCGGCGGCCGGACGGGAGCCAAGGUCCGGUUCGAGAAGCUUGAUCUCGCCGAGAAGAGCUGGUGGGCAGGAAAAGACUCGCCGGCUCCUCCGUCGCUCGCUGAGCGUGAUUUCGCCGUCCGACCCGAGACGGAAACAUGCGCCGUAUGCGUGCGUGAGAGUAUGAAGAUGUACCUUGACGGUUGGAUGUGUCUGAACCCAUCCUGCGCGCGGUUCUGGACCCUAGCCGAUGAGAACCGACCGACUGCCGACGACCUGGCCUUCCACCCGGCUUUCUUACGGGCUCGUCACAUCCCAGACGCCCACAUGCAGCCGCACGAGAGCCUGGUGCCAGACCUACUGGAAACGUUGGGUGAGGGGUCGGCGGCGGCGGACUGCAGCACCGCCAGGAUCGCCUGGAAGGGGAUCGUCUGUCCACAAUGCCGCAAGUGUAUCUCGCGGCGGUUCUGGCGAGGCUGGAAGUGUACAGACGAGAUUAUGGCCCCUGAUACCGCAGCCGUAGCUGUGACCAGCGCGCGACCUGCCUGUUCCUUCGAGAAGAUGGUUGAUAUGCAACCGAUUUCGCUGCGCGCCGUCGUCGACGAGUUCGAACUGAGCCCCAUCAAGAGGGCGCUCUAUUUUGACACCAAAUAUGCGGUGCCUCUGGUCGACGACCAUUCCGUCGCACCCUACCGCAAACUGACUUACCUCCUUCCGGGCGUCGGCUCCAUCACCCAUUUUGUCGCCAACCGCGCCAUCAACCGUCGGACCAACGGGCCCGACGAUCUGUUUCGCCAGCUGCAGCUGCUGGAUCUGGGGUUGCGACGGUAUCCGUUGCAGCAAAGUGUGGUACCUGGGACGCUGACGGCACAUUUUGCCGUAAACUAUCAGGGAAUGCCAUACAAGUAUGUCGUUUCGGUGGACUCGAAGGGAUUCGAUGAGGCAUCCGAUGAGAUCCUGCGAGCCUUAGGACGGCUCUCGUGGGCCACGGAGCAGGCCGUGCAACCAGACGAGGUCCUGCCUCCAAACGAGCUCUUGGUCCUGGGAUAUUUCAACGAGAUGAAGAUUGGCUAUCAUGAUGACGGCGAGUCAGCGCUGGGCCCGACGAUCGCAACGCUGUCGCUCGGGGCACGGUCCACGAUGAGCAUACGGAUGAAAUACAAGUACUACCACGGAUACAGCCGGGCGAAGAAGCUGCUGACCGACGACCCGGUGCUGGCGGGGUGUCGCGGCGAGGAGUCUCGCCGCACGCUACGGGCGCAGAUGGCCGCCGGGCAGCUGGAGCCCGGGCAGUAUGACGAGCAGCGCCGGCAGCUGCUCCUGCAGACAAAGGCGAGCACAGGGUGCCGUCGGGCAGUUUCACGGACCAGCGAGGCGCCCGUGUGCGUGCGACUGGCGGUGCACCAUGGCGACCUGGUGGUGAUGCACGGCGAGAAGCUGCAGCAGUACUACGAGCACGCCGUGGUGCCCGAGGGUCGGCUGAGGUUUGCGCUGACGGCGAGGCACAUCCAGCCCGCACAAGUGGCGGCGGGGGAGCGAGUCCGGGGGGAGACGAUCUUGCAAGGGGAACAAGUGUAUGAUGGGAGAUAG